GCCAUCUUUCUUCUAUCGCUACACAGCGCUACCGGUGGGGCGGAACACUCCUCAUCGAUCAGUUGGUUUCUAGGAACCGCCGACAGACCUGGCACACCACCGUGACUUCUCGUUAGAGAUCUGACACUUUGAUUUGCCAACUUGCCAGCUUAUCCCUUCAUCUUUUUCAACAAUGGGAGAGAGAGAUGACCUAGUUUAUCAGGCAAAACUUGCCGAACAGGCAGAAAGAUAUGACGAGAUGGUGGAAUCUAUGAAGAAGGUGGCAGGAAUGGAUGUGGAGCUCACAGUGGAGGAGAGGAACCUACUAUCAGUGGCCUACAAGAACGUGAUCGGGGCUCGGAGAGCAUCCUGGAGGAUAAUCAGCAGUAUCGAACAGAGGGAAGAGAACAAGGGCGGCGAAGAGAAGCUGAAGAUGAUCCGGGAAUACAGGCAAACGGUGGAGAAGGAGCUGAAGUCGAUCUGUGGUGACAUCCUGGACGCGCUGGACAGACACCUACUCCCCUCUGCAGCAAUGGGAGAGUCUAAGGUCUUCUACAACAAAAUGAAGGGGGACUACCACAGGUAUCUGGCAGAGUUUGCCACUGGCAACAACAGAAAGGAGGCAGCAGAGAACAGCCUGGUGGCGUACAAAACUGCUACGGACCUUGCCAUGCUGGAGCUGCCGCCCACGCACCCAAUCCGCCUCGGCCUCGCUCUCAACUUCUCCGUCUUCUACUACGAGAUCCUCAACUCGCCUGACCGCGCCUGCAGGUUGGCGAAGGCUGCGUUCGAUGACGCCAUCGCAGAACUGGACACUCUGAGUGAAGAAAGCUACAAGGACUCCACACUUAUCAUGCAGUUGUUACGCGACAACCUGACACUAUGGACUUCAGAUAUGCAGGGAGAGGGUGAAGAACAGAACAAAGAGACACUGCAAGACGUUGAGGAUGAGGCCCAGUGAGACUAUGCCACCAACAGCCAACAACUUGAUUCCCCUCUGCCCUUCACCUCCUCACACUCCUCACUCCCUCUGCCUUUGUCUUCCUCAUCCUCCUCCUCCCUGCCACCUUCCUUUUCCGCUGCCUCCCCCUCCUUUUUCCUUUUCCUCACCUCUGGAGCUCCCUGACCCAGCAGGGCCACUGAGUUAAUGAGUUUAUUUUUCUCUUAUUUUUGUAUUAGCCCUGACACCAUUUGAUUAAAUACCACUUAAUUAAAGGAAGUCCAACGCUAGAAAGAGAAAGAAAGAUGUCCCUGUUUGCUGUUUUUUGUCCUGGUACAAGCAGUUCUGCAAAACGUUCUUUGUUUUCAUUAUUGUAAUUUUUUUUUUGUUUUGUUUUUGCUUUUUCCUCCAUAUUUUUAUCAGUUGCUGGAUGUAUUGAGAUUUUUUUUCUUAAUGUAAUUACAGAAAUUAACUUUUAUUACUAAUAAUGUUGAAUACUAGUUAUGGGAGCUAUUUUAUCUCUGUUUUUAGUGACAUGUCGAACAGAUUAUCUGACCUUUUUAUGGGGGCGUUGGAGCAAGUGCAGACGCCCUUUUUGUUGGGUUAGGAUGGUCUUUUUUUUUUUUCCUAGGAAUUUGGCAGAAUGUGUGAUAUCCACGUGGGGCAAAGAAGUGCUUAAUGUUUUACACUACAGUUAGUCUUGUGUUUUGUAGCUGUUCCUGGACUGUGUUUAGUGCUGAAAUACUGUAAGUGUCCACACAUGCUAAAAUCUCUAAACACUAACUUAUUUCUAGCUGGUUUGGUUCUUUACAAACAUUGGGAGAUUUCUCACCUGUGUGAAAGUGUCUGUGUGACCCGGCUCCCUGCCCAGAGCGCUGAAAUCAGGGGCAGCACAGACACCAGGCAACACAUUAGCUUCUGCUGCUUCUCCCCUGCUUUUAUUGAAGCUCCUCUAGAAUCAGAUUUUCUUUUCUUGCUCUUUUUCAUUUAUUACUCUCCUGUUUUCUUUUUUUUUUUUUUUGCUUCAUUAUAUGUAACUUGGAGCUGAUUUGUACUACUGGAUAUCUGACUGGAGCCACAGACAGGGAAUCUGUAACGUUCUUAUUGAAACACAGCAUGGCAUUAACAUUAAACAAAUUAAAACAGUU